AUGGGCUAUGAUCAAGAGCAUUCUGAUUCUGAGACCAUAGAAAAAUACGAAAUGGGAGUCACCUACACGAACGAAGCUUUGAGAGUUUUAACAGGAAAGUGGAAACGUUCGAGUGAAACACAGCACCUGAGCGACUAAGUUUCGGAGAAACAUUUGGGCGUGGUUCCAACCGUCGCUCACAUAGUAAAGCUUGAAUUUCCUGCAACAAGUGGCCUGUUGAGAGCGAGAAAAAAGUGCGAAUUGCGGCAUCAUCUGUGGAAAUGAAAAGCGAAUCCAGUUUGUUCCGUCGGGUCGUCCAGCUGUCUCUGCCAUGUAAUCACCGCCUAAUCACUUCCCCAAACUCGCCGACCCCCGGGUCUUCCUGCCCAGUUGUUUCUGCGUGUGGCGAGCAAAGCCAUGCAUAUAAAUUAUCUGGUCCAAACACACGUGUGCCUGCUCCUCCAGUUUAUAAACUCGGCGAACUUCAAUUGGUCAUUAAAAUGAGAGCUCAAAAGGGCGCCGCGCGAGGAGCAACUGUCGUCGCGCGCAGGAGCAUCGUGCUGUUGGCAGGGGAUAUCGAUUGAUUGAUGAAUGGAAAUGGGGAAUGUGUGAUGGGAAGAGAAGCCGCGCAGAAGCAGUUAAUGAACUUUAUUACGUAAUCUAUGGCACAAUAUGCAGAGUUUGGAUGCGAAGGGAACACUUUGAGGAUCGGAACGACGUCUUGAUCUAUUCCCACACACACACACACAAACAAACCGUUUCUGCUCUCGAAAUCGCGUCAAUCGGUUCUAUUUCCGACCUGCCCCGUAACAAUUCCAUUCCGAUCCGCCACCCAAUUUGAUACAGUUUCUUCUCUUCUCACAUGAGGAACCUCGGUUCUCGAACCGAAACCGCAAAAGGGUGAUCAAUCACACGACCUUCUUUUUUUUCUUUUUCUCGAGGUUCGCAUUAAGUUUCUAUCAGUGUGUUGGGGCGCUAGCAACGUAGUCUCAAGGCGGCCUACCUACCUGACUGCCUGCCACUCACCAAAAAAACUCUGUAAUCGGUGGUCUCUCGAGAUGGCGUUGAAGGCAGAAAACUGUUAAUGAUACGGUUUUUCAAGGUUUUUUUCGGCGGCAAGCGCGGGGGCCCGACGGUGUGUAUUCGACGGGCGAAUGGUUUGAUAACGAAGCACUGGACGAGGGAAUACGGGCAGCGAGGAGGCGUGAACGGGCGUUCGAAUUAGGCCCGCCGCCUAGCCACUCGAGACUUCUCGCGACACGUUUCUUCUUCUUCUUUUUUUUUGAAUUUCUGUCUGCAUGUGUAUGCGUAAGGGGACUACUGUAGUGGGGGAAGGAACAAAGAGCCUGGCGGCGAGAUGAAAGCCAUUCGUUCCGCCCGUCGGGUGGCUCGUCCCCCUGCAUUUACCGCAACUUUGAACUCAUUGUCCUUGGCGGCAACAUGCUAUGUUUUGAUAUCAUUUCUUUGAGUAGCCACCCCCCGUCCGCCGACACUAAGCUUCCCGACUUUUCGCAGUUUUUGUUCCCAUUCUGGUCAUCUGACGAUUCUUUUUGAUACCUGGGGCGGUUUUCCGGUCGAUUUGUCCGAUUAGGCCUGGAGAGGUUGAUUGGGGGAAACCAAGAGAACCUUUAAAAAUUCUGUAAGUGAAUGGACGUAGGUAACAUUGAACAUUCAACUAACUUUAACACUAAGCCGAGAUCUUGAACUUCUCUAGACUCUCACUAAUCAUAUCAUGAUCAUGAACAGUGUUUUCUCCAUCUGGUCCCUCCUCAGACCUUCUGUAUUGUCCAUCGUGUGUCUCAUCCAGGCUCUCACCUUCCCAUCCCAUAAUAUGCCUGUUAUGUAUAAGGUCGGACAGUAUCCUUUCGAAAACCGCUUGACUGCCCGUAUGUACAUACAUCCGUUCGAUGAACCGCGCUCUAAUUCAAUGAGAAUAUUGGAACAUCAUACACACAUACCAUUCCCCCCCAUCGUCUUCUGUGAAUGCGAAAUAGAAGACAAGUUUAUGGUUUGGAAAGGUGUGAAAUAUGGCUAGUGAUUGAGAGCGAUUGGCCGUGUGUGGCUACCUACCGGCCUACCGUAAUGUUUCAAUGUCAAUGGGGUUGGAGAAGAAGGCGAAAAGGUGAUUAGGAACUUACUGAAAAGAUGUGAUGCGAGAAAAGGCUGGCGGUCAGAUAAGGAGAACGACAACUGCAAACUAAGUUGGUCGUUUCAGAAUAGGUCAUUUUCUCGAGAUUGUUAUCGGGUUCCCUUCCGGUUUCUCUGAACCUCUGUGUCAGCUGAUUCUGAAAUUGACAAGUUCUCAUUUUCCGUUCCCGGUCGGCAAGUUCACUCGUUUCUUUCUCUCACCUUACCGUAUUAGUUGCUCGUCCCCUUCCACCCAUUCCAUCUCCAUCUUAUCUUUCCCUCAUAGCCAUUCGCUUCCGCCAUCACGCGCAGCUUCAUCUCAAAAAAGAAACAAAAAGAAAGUAAAAUGGUAAUAAGUGUUCGUGUCUCUCUUCCUGCCUCCCAUCGUCACCAACUGGUAUGCUUUCGCUGAAAACCGUCCUCUCCUGCUGUAUCUCGCGUGGCCAUGUCCACACUGAAAAUACACUUAAUGCGUCGUCGUGUUGUUUUCGCUCUUCUCCGCCAUCAUCCGCGCGCGUCUUCGUCGACGUCUCCUCCUCGUUCGGAAUAUGUUGCCUUCUGUCUGAGAGAUGCGGAUAAGUGAAGCCAAAACGAAACAUCGGACUAUGCCAUUACUAUGUAUUACUGUAUAAAGGGCUGGUUUCUUAUUUUCAGAAAGAAAGACCUCGCAACAUGUUGCCAUCGUAUGUUCGCUUUUAAGUGGCGGAAGAGGGAAAAUGAUUCGCGAAUGCGUAGAUAACAUCCGAAAGAUCAGAAAGUAGUUCACAGAGGACAAAAACCGCAAACUUUUCACUACGAAAUGUUCAUUUGAAUGCUACCGUACCCCUCUGCGAAAGGGUUAGGGCAACAUGCGGAGACUCGCCGCGCACUCCCCUCGUUCGAAGUUUGCGUACUCUACCGCCAAAGUUUUUUGAAGUACUUCUGGUCGAAUGACAAUUUAUGCUUUCUCACUCUCUUUUUUCGUUUCGACCGCCUGUGAACACAGUCGUUCUGCGGCUCGCCUACAGUAGUUCCCUGAGCGGUUCCGAGGGCCACACAAGUAUCCAUUUCAAAUCGCAUCUGAUUGUAAUUCACACGGACAACAAACAAACUUAUACAAACAAAAAAUAAGCUCGAUGGGUGGGACAAUCGGCGUCUCUCGCGAGUGGACACUCUCUGCUGGAUAUGAUCAGAGGUUCAAUCCAGAUGUGUUUGUCUCCCGAAUUUCAGAACUUGGCGGUGGUCCUCGCAACUUUUUUUUCUCUUUGCUUUCCCAUUGUUUUUGUGUGUCAUCGAGUCCAUGGGUUUAGCGAGUUCUUGAAGAUGAGCGCAACCUUUCUCGCACUCACUGUCGCAUUAUUCGUCCGUUCCUUUUCUGUUGCGAUGCUCCUUCCUCACGUCGUUGUGUGGCCUGUUUGUUUCGCAAAAAAGGCUUCUUGCGCUGGCGCGAGAAGAAAACGAUACGCAAACACAUAUAUAUUGCUGCUAUAGGAGGAGAAGGAGGCGAGAAUAAGAUGUGUGCGAGCUUAACUCGGAGCAGAAGCGGGAGCCCGAGCGAGAGGCGCCCGCCCGAAUCACUCUUGACCAUCUUUGGGUUUGGUGAGCAGGGAGGCCUGGAGGUCGAGCCAAGAGGCAUUGAGAGAGGUGAAGAGGGAGCGGAGAUGGGUCGAGAGCCGACGGGAUCAGGCUCCCGAGCACCUGAAUCAAUCCAAGUUCCGACAAUCAAUUGAUUUGGAUGAUCUAUCCUUCGGUUGAAGUUGAUGCGCUUGGGAAUCGUGAGUGACGCUUCUUUCAGAAAUCGGAAGAUUUGAGGGCUUAUCCUCGACGGGGUUUACAACCGAAAUUCAACAUGAGAGCAUUGCACACCACAUUUCUUCUUCAACACUACGCGUUUCGAUUAUCAAUAGGAUUACAGUCACCACGUUUCUGCCCCCGUUUUUCGUUUCUUAGCAACUGUUAUUAUAUUAUGAUGCGUUCAAAGUUAAAAAAAAAACCGGAAACCCCACGGAUUUUACUGUCCAAAGUCGGCCGAAAUUUUCUUGAAAAAAACGAGGUGCGCACAGCUGAACGAAUGUGACCCAAGAAAUUCUAACAUUUUCAAAUAUUCUCAAGGAAUUUAAAAAUUUUCAAAAAAUACCGUAGUUUUAUGGUGUACGGUAACAUUCGUUCAUCUCUGCGCAAAUUCAAGCAAAUUUCGGCCGACUUUGGAGAGCAAAAUCAGCGGGAUUUCCGUUUUUUUAAAUCUUUGGACGCGGCAUAAUCAUUUUCUAAAAGUGUCCCUCGUUUCCCCUAUGACGUGGCUUGUCAUUCGUUCUUUUUCCUUCAUCAAUAAACCGUUGUCUUCAGGAACUUCUUCACAGCUGCUCCGCGCCGUGCACCUCCACUGACCGCUGCUGACCUCCGUUCCCGUCUGAAACCAUUCGCAAUCAGCGGAAGACGCUGGUGGGCUCCGCCGCCUGCGCCUGACCACACAAUGACAUAGACACAAAGAAAAGUGAGUGAUCGCAUUGAAAAUGUGCGAAAACGGGAGCCCCCUAGCUGCUGCUGCUCAACCGUCUUAUUCUCUUUAUUUGACAUAUCGAGAGCACCGGGAUGGACACCCGAGCCGCAUUUGGGCCUAUCGUCCGAACCUUCUUGUUUUGUCGCUGUUUUUCUUCUCCUUUUCGCUUAUUCAGCUUCUGCCACAUCAACCCAAUUACUAUAAAGUAACAGAAACUUUCGCUUGCCUCCUCUCCAGUCGCAUGCCAAUCGACGACGGCAUCUCUUCUUCUUCGUCGCCUCCUUCGUUUUUCUGGUACAAGCAUCCGCCAACGAAAGAAAAAAUCUUGUUUUUAGCCCCUCCUGUGUUCGUUGAUGUUUCUUUUGUACAUCCUCUUUCGAUGGCAGCGCAAGUUGUUUUGGUGCAACGGUGGGGGCCAAGUCUUCGGGUGAAAGUGACGAUUCGCGGGGCGGGGCGUGAGGGAGCGGGCCAGCAGGCGCUCACUGUCUCCUGUCUCCCAGCGCCCAUCGCGUUCCCAUCACCUUCCCCCGCCAACUUUCCCAGCUUUUCCGUUCCCUCUGCUUCUUUCUUCCUCUGUCUGAAACUCUUCCGCUCCGCUCUAUUCGUGCAUUCCAUCCAAUCCGUAAUUUUCGAAUUUUCAGUUUCCUUCUAUAUUGCGCGGCCUUAAUCGCUUGGCUUAAGCCUAUCCAGCUGAAAUCGUGAGCUGCUUACCAGUUAGAGCGCAUCUUGAACUUGGUUUGUUUUCCCCUCGUGUCUUCGACGCUGCACAGCUUAUCUCUGAGUUGUUACUAUUUCAUUCGCAGUGAGAACAUCGGGCAGCUCUCUUCUGUAAAAUCUUUCUUUGCUUUUCCAUUUUCACCUCAAUCACCCUGAAACCCCCACCCUAAUCUUAACCGUUUACCUUUACAUUCAUCGGAUCUUGGAUCAUCCUUCUGAAAGUUAUUUUUUUUUGUCUCCUUCUAGAGACCAUAUUGGUCUUUUCGUGCAAUCCUCAGAUCUCAAUCCCUUUUCAAUAUUACAAUCCUUAUCAAGUUUCAUCCGGGAUUUCAUUUCGCAUCACGGGAAACCUGUCAUGGACCAACCUGGAAGAAUCCCCUCAAUUCUCACUUUUCAAAUUUGAGCCCUUUUCGAAAAUCAGCGCCGUUGCCCGCCACUUCCACUCAUGUCUCCUCCCCUUUUCUCGCAUGAAACCCUUAACGAUUGUUUGAGUCAACCAUCAACUUCCACUCAUUUCGGAGUAGUUUUAUGAUUCAUAAACUACGUGGAAACUGCCUCAUCUCGCACUCAUAAACCUCUGCUCGGAGGGUACCGUACUGUUCAUUUCUCGGUGAGCGGAAGGGCAGCAGUUCGCACGCUCAAUUCAUUCUCUCUCUCACUUUGCUAAUCAUUCCCUUUUGUGUUGGUAAUCAGUCGUCCGGGAAUGCGAAUGCAAAUCGCUCGUCCAUUGUUCUUUCCUUUUUGAAUCGUCCACUUGCCAACUCAUCGGUGGCUCCCCAGUGGGCGGCGCCUGUCGUCCGAUUGGCCCCGUCCUGCCCGCUUCUCAUAAUUACCCGUUCUGCUGUGCCCCAUCUUUUCCACCUUCCUCUUUUCAGGCAUCUCGUUCCGAUCCUUCACUUCUAGUCAUCUUCUUCCGCCUCCCUGCAUACUGUAAGUUAUUCUCACAAAUCGCUGCCUAAACUGCUGUUUUGUGUGCCGCGAAGCUGCGGGUGUUCAAUAAUUCAAAAGUCAAAUUGAAGCGCCACUAACUUAUUCUCGAGAAGUGAACACACCGUCGUCGCAAAAACAUGAUUAAUAUUUCUCAGUAAUACGAUACUUGUCUUAUUUUUUACAAAACGGGCCUGCGCAUCCUUCUUUUUCCGGCGACCACCAAACUCGAAAACAAUUAUUGUUUUUGGGUGGGAUCGGUUCGAAAUUCGAAUGAAUAGUUGGGAGGGGAGUUCGAAGGAGUCAGGUGACGGAUCCACCCAGGCGCCGUGCCCCGGCUUAUACCUUGUGGCGUCGCAGGAUGGUGUAAAAUCACACAUAUUGGCAACAUUUCACUUUCCGUACCCAUCCAAUAUUCAAUCUGAUCGGCUCAAAGUUGGCCAUCAGAAGAGGUGACGCAGCUGUCGUCGGAUGACAAAGCGUGAUCUUCUUCCGAUUGUAGUAACCUCGUGUGUCUGGAUGUUCUGACCGAGCGCGUUAAUCACUCCGUAUUGUAGUCACCGCGUAAUUCAGCAUGUUUUGUUCUGACAUAGAUCCAUGCUGUCCAAAUGACGUACCGCCGCCUGAUUCGUCGUUGCUCGGCUUCAUCCUCCCCUCCUUCUCGCUCACUACAAAUUACUGUUAUUUUGACUAAUAACAAUCACUUAUUGACGCGCGUGUCCCCCUCCAAACCGAUUGUAUUCUGUAUCUGGUCGGCCACCGUCAGGUUGUACCACCAUCCGCCGCUGCCUUCGUUGGCCACCCGCAAAACAAUCCUUCGAUUGCAGAUUCUUCGAGAGCGGCGCCAUCGUCUCGAUUCCGACUUCAAACUGAAGCAGCCACAGUUCACUUUGUAAGUGCGGACAAAGGCAAAAGAGCCGUUGUAUAGGCCUAGUACAUUGUACGAAGUCACUAAACUGAAUGGUUUCCAUUUCGCCCGCUCGCGCAUUCCGUUCUCCCGAAUUGUACAUUUUCUGUCUCGUUUUUUGUGUUACCGCCGCCAUGGCUGAUGAUGUCCUUUCGGAUCCUACGCAUUGUGCUCGCUUUCCGCAGAAAAACAGCCACAAUCCUACGAUCACAUUUCUCGAAGAGAAGGCUACAGUAUGCCGGUUGAAUCUGGGUGAUCUAGUUGUUCCUCGACAAACAUCUUCAUGUUGAGAACAGCCUUGACGACGUGUCGCCAAUCGAAUCGUCUCCUCCGUUAUUAUCAUCAUCAUGAAUGUGAGAUAAUGAGGCACGCGUUGGUCCAGAUUACUGUAGGCCUCUUAUACUAAUUAUCUGCCGAAUGUGUUCUACUUCUUUUUAGUCUUUCCGCUCAUGUGUUGUCGUUGAAAAAAACAAAUGCUUGGAUUAUGAAAUGAGUGCCUACGUGGCAGACAAGACGGCAGGGUGCCCGGUUAGUCGAUUCUAUGAUCCGGUGAGCCCGCGUAAGACGGGCUCAGCCGUAGUUGAUUUUCGGAAUUUGACUUGCAAACUUAUCUCUUUUUGAGCGGAAUUGAGGGUCAGCAACCGGAUGAGUAGAAGGCGCCCGAGCGAAGAAAACGAAGUGAUUCUGAAAACUGCUGAAAGCGAGAUGCCCGAUCCCUGCUGGAUGGUUGCCAUUAUUUCCAGUACGAUCUAUUUUUACUUUUCGGUCCCAGAGACAAUGAAACAUUCCAAAAACAACGUUCUAUUUUUUGUCGCCCGCCCUCGAAAAAAGAACAGAGCUCUGCUCUUUUUCCCUUUAUUUACCCAAAAACAGCUCUAAUUUUAGUUGCCUGGAGCCUAACUAAAAACACACUUUGCCUUCGCUCUCACACGUACAAAAACAGUACCAAGUUGCUCUCGAUCGGGGUGGCAACAGUUCGCAGGGCGGACAGAAGCGCCGAGAAAAAGUGGUGUUGACUCUGGCACCCAGAAAUCUGAACAAACAGAGGAGAGACACAGAGUCGCCAGGCAAAACAGGAAGGCCCCGGAGGGGGACUGUCUGGAACACCUCCCACUCGGAAAUGUUUCAUUUCGUGCUCCUGCCACGUGUCCGAAAUGUGCUAAGGUUGCUGCCAAUCCUUCUGAGCGCUUAGCUUUGCCAUGUAUUGCCUGUGCGGACCGGCUCAUCCGAUAUGGCUCACCUUCUCGGAUUUGUGCUCAUCAGGCGAGACGAGAAACGAGCACGCUUUCCGAAUUCCUGCGGAGCAGCGAGUUGCAUUCUCACCGCCGCCGCCUUGAUGAUAAGCGAUCAACUGUUAGGUUCUUCUCUGAUAAGUUGUUUACCCGUCCAAAUCUGUAGCACAAAACUUCUUCUUCGUCUUUUUUGGCUCCUCCUCGAAUUCUGUACUUACCCAGGUAGUGCCGGGGCACAGGUUGCGAUGAUAGGCGUAGAGUCACACGGGGCAGCGAUUACUACCCUUUUCAAGUUUUCGCUUUCGCUUUUCCAGUCGCUAUGACGUCUUUUGGCGCAGUUCCACCUGAAAGGCUUUUGUGAGAGACGGGCGCACUUUUGAGGCGGUUCGGAAUGAACUCCUGAGGGGAGAUAAGGCCGUCAGCCAGCGAGCAAAAAUCGGAUUACUGUAGAUUCGGAGCCUUUUUGUUUUUGAUUCAACCGUAGUUCCGGAAACAUGAAGCAUCAUUCUACGUGGCAAAGAUUGACGACCUGAUAACAAGACUAUAAACCUUUUGCCGCCCAAGCCCGCAAUUUUGUAUUUGUACUCCAAAAUGACGGACGCACCGCUGCCACGUUGAAAUGAUUCGGAGAACAUUCAUGAAAAGGCUCCGCCCAGUCGGACAAUGACAGUACUCUCUGCCUUUUUUCCGUUUUCCGAAAUCCCGUUAUCCUUGUCCGCCAUGCCGAAAUGGGCGUGGUUUGGCCGCUCGAUUGGCGCCUCUCCCGGUGCUUCAUUCAACUUUGGCGCAUAAUAAACACGCCGUUCUCCUCGUCCGUUUACGUUUUCCUUUUCUGUCAAGUAACUAAAAGUCAUUUGAAAAUGUGCACAAGUUGCUCGAAAUGACAUCAGGUCACAAUGCUCCGCCGUCAAUGACCAACACCCCACUGAAGGACGAUAACGCGUGGCCAACAAAUUAUUUGUUUGACACAGAAAAGGUUCAAUUCAAGUUUUAAUCACUGCCAAAUUUCCUCAUUUUUCGUCGUUAUCACCGCCGAGAGUCAUAUGGUUUCGAGAGAAGCAAGAGACGCAGGCAUCCGAUCAUUUCUCGGGGCGGGAACAGCUGCUGGAGCCUGCGAAACUAGAGUCUGUGGGCAACCAUUAGGGACGAUUGAGUCAGUUACUUUGAGAAUUCAUAGGUUGGUUACUGAGAUGAGCCGCAGGGAUGAGCUGCGUUGCGAUUAGUCUGCUCCAGAGGGUAAGUCGCUGCGAAGAGACGAAAACACACUGUAGAUCACACCUUCGCGGCGAGCGGAUUGACUCUUCUUACGCACUCGACGAGCUGUUUCUUUCAGUUAUUUCGGGCUGGACAGAGCUGAUCUACGAUAGUGGUGUUGUCAAGGCUGAGACGGAGAACUGAAAUUCCCCUCUCAUCGACUUCCUCCUGCCGGGCUCUUUCUCAUUAGCUUCGCGCUCAUUUGACCAUCAUCUCAUCCCGCAUUCUAAUAUCCCAUUACCGGAAUCUUUUGGCGCAUUACUGCCAUCUCGGCCAUUGUUUUGGAAGGCCCUUCGUUUCCCCUCUUUUUCGCCUUUUUCCCAAUGUCACCAAGAUGGUAGUAAUCCGGCGGUAAGCCCAUGUUUCGCAGUACGCAUUUCCAGGCAUGCACAUGAAUAUGACAAAUGAGAUAUCGAAGGGAGCGGGAAAGGACCGCCGGCCACUGCCACUGGGGCACCGCGCUUAAUCCCCACCCGUUACGAGCACGAGCUUACUAUUCACCAAAAAAGGAGACGAAAGGGUCCGUUUCUGCUUUUCGCACGCAACCUUGCUGUUAUCACAACUAGGAUUAUUACUGAAGACUUGACGGCUAAAAAUGCGACUAAUCCGAAGAUCGAAUUUCGUAUUAUUGUUGAAAUUUGAAUUCGGUCGCCUAAUUUCAAAGAAGCCCUUAAGUUUGUACGUCUGACAACUCAUCAGGCUACAGCUUUUUCCUCCAUUUGGGGAUUACCAGCAGGGGAGUUCGAAUGAAGUUGGAUUAUAGUUGAGUGACUUGCCCGAUCAUGUGCCCCUUCCGUUUUCGUGCCGUGCGUGUAGAAGCAUAACUCGAAACAAGACAAAGUUGCGUUUGCGGUCCUGAGGCCUCGACGUGGCUUAGCGGAAUGACUUUUUCGACGCAGUUUCGUAGGCCUACCAACGAAACUUCUCAUUUGUGUCUCUUCUAAUGGCGUUUGGCGGCAUCGUCACACUCGAAAACAGCGCUGAUCCCAGCGGUCACAGAUUCUAGGCUCCUUACUACUCCUCUUGCUCUGACUCACUUUCCACUUCACUCCAAUUCUCAUUCUACCCUUUUUCAGACACGACGCCAUGAUGUUGGCAUCGUCAGCGCCGACGGUGCCCAGCCUUCUGCCUCCCAACAGUCAGCCAUCGGCGGCCACGACUGCCCGUUCGAACGCAGAUGACUGUUCCUCUUCCACGUCACCAACGAACACUUCCGCUUCGGAUGCCUCGAUGGACAUGCUGACUUCACUGAUGAACGGUGCAGUGGCGGCUGCGGUGAAUCCCGUUCCCGGAAACGCUCUAGUCAAGCAGGUAAGCCCCAGGGGAAUGAGAAAGAAUGAACAGGAUCAAAAAGUAAUCCGAGCAAAGAACAUUGGACUGAUUGUUUCCCGAAUGGGAAUGGUGGUAUUCAGGUUCGUGGGGGAGCCCGCCUAAUCCUGGGAUUAGCUUUUUCGAAAAGUCAGGCAGGUACGGGUGGCAUCUAAAUUCAAUUCGUUUCAGGAGUCACCACCGUUGACAACGCCUCCGAUCUUCAAUCCAGACCUCGCCCUGCUUCAGUUCAGCCAGCUAUUCCAAGCUCAGCAGGCGAUGGUGCAGUUCCAUAAUCAGCAGAAACAACAUCAGUUGAUUCAACAGCAACAGCAGCAACAACAGCAACAACAACAAGCACAACCACAGAAUCAGAAUCAGAAUCAGACGACGAAUGGGGAGAGAAAGAGGGUAACUCUUGGCUAGAAUCUGUUCUCCGGAAUCAUAAUUUCGUUCCUCUUUCAGUCCUAUCCUUGUACAUUUCAAUUUUGCGUAAUAUGUCAGAAAGACGUGCACUCGUCAAAACUGCCUUGCCACAUUCGUCAGUGCCACGUGGCUAAGCCAAUGUUCCAGUGUCCGGCGUGUGAUUUCACAUCUACAUAUUCGAAAAACAACGUGAAGAGUCAUAUGGUUUCGUUGCAUGGAUUAGCGGGUGACCCGAUCAGUUACAUGGACAAAUAUGCGGGACAAGUCGAAGAGUUCAUGAAGCUCUGCUUUCCGAAUGGUAUUGAGGGAAGGACUAAAAACAGGUUGAUAAUCGGUGAUUUCAGUAAGAGGACGAGGUCGGCCAAUGCAAGGACGGACGUCUCCGAAGUCACCAGUCAGUCCGAAUCAGCUGGGGGGAAGACGCGGCAGUCAGGCGUCCCUUCAGAAUCGGCGGAACACGGCAUCGCAGAAUGAUCUGCUGGCCACUCUGCAACAGCAACAACAGCAGGUCGCAUUCCAUCCGCUGAGAAAUCUGAGGUGAGCCUGGUCCCACCUGAUAUUGUUUUAAUCAUAUAAUGAUUCUUCAGAUUCAACCCACUUCAGUCUAUUUUCCCUGCGGUUCUGGCAAACAAUAACAACACGAUUCUGACGGCCAACAAGCACGUCAACAACUUUCUGAUUAAGGUAGUGCAUGCUUCAGAGAUCAUCUGAUAAGAGGUGACCAUUCCAGCAAGAAGAAAAAGAAGUGCCGGUAGUGACAGAAGACAUCAAGAACAUCAUCUCAUCCACCACGUCUCCUUCUCCUCCGCUCAUGCUGUCGAACAACAAACUACAGCCGAUCAAGCCAGGAGAGAAUGCGCAGCCGAAGUUUCUGUCCACGGGAAUGCAAUGGUCCAUUCUGAAUGACCUCCAGAUGAAGGGAACCAUCUUUGCUGACUGCCGUAAUAACAUGGAGUUGUACGUGGAGAAUAUCGCUCGGAAGAUUGACUCCACGGGCACGUUCCCUGAGUUCAUUCUGAGCGAAGAGUUGCGGAUGGUGACGGAGGAAGUUCGUUCUCGUGUCAGCAGCAAUCUUUUCGAAAUCAUGUUCGCAAUCCACCGAAUGGACAUCAAAGUGCUCGACAUCAGUCUCGUCGACCUACUUCUCCAGAUUGCUCCGACCAACAGUGAUGUCCAAUUACUUCGGAAAAUGGAGAACGUGACUGAUCUGAACGAAGAAUUCCUCGUCGGACUCACGAAAAUAGAUCAUAUUGAGGAGAAGUUGGUGACAAUGAAGCACAUGCAUCAGUUCCCAGAACACAUUGACACGUUGAAAGAGGUAUUUGCUCAAAGAUGCCAUUUCACAAACUGAAAACUGCAUUUCAGAAACUGAUGAAGUACGAGGUUGCCGUGAAAGUUCUUCUGGAGAGUAGAGCACUCCGAAAUGUGAUGCAGCUGGUCCUUGCCAUCCUAAACAUCGGCUUCUUCGAUGACCGUCAAUGCCUUACCAUUAACGGCUUCUCUAUUUCCGAAGUUUCUCUCAUUCUGCGAACGACAACUCCAUCCGGACAGACUGUACAGUCCAUUCUCGCUACCAUUCUCAAGGAUGAGAUCAACUUAGAUCUUGAUGAGCUCUUCGGACUGAUUGACAUUCUGGAGAAAGUCGAAGAGAACGACUUCAAUUCCAUUGCUGAAGAGCUCGUGUCUCUCGAUGACAAAACAGUCCGAGCGGAACGAGAGAUGGAGCACAGUGGCUCCAACAUUCCGUUGAGUGAUUUCGUUGAAUUUGCCAAGUCUUCGACCAAAUCACUGUGGGAGUCGUUCAAUUCUCUUAAGGUUCUUACUUCACUCUUGCCUCUCUCCCUCUACAAGUGUAUCUUUUUCAGAUCAACAUCCAAAAAGUGACCGCCUAUCUCGGAAACGCUUUGCAACGUCACCAAGACUCCAAAGACCCCCGUGAACCAUUUGUGCAAGUGCUCGAAAUGCUGCGCUCUCUCAAGACUGCCAUCGAGUUGGACGAGACCGCCGAAGAGCAGCACAUCAACAUUCUGUCGCCUUGA